UGUAGGGAUUGAGAGCAGCCCUGCUGAGAAGCUCCAUGCACCCGGUGUGUGUUUGCAGGGACCUGACGGAGAACCCCCUGACACCUCUUCCCAAUGGCUCCUUCCUGGGAUUCACCCACCUGCAGCACCUCGCAGUGCCGCUGGUGCUGGAGUGCCCAGGUGGGAGCAGUGCCUGGGAGGAGGUGACGACACAUGGGAGCAGCAGGCUCUGCCAGGGCCAGAGGAACCUCUGCAACAGCUCCAUGGAGCUCGCCUGGCUGUGCCCUGAGAACGCUGCCUGUGCCCCGGAUGGCCCUGGCCUCGUCCAGUGCCUCUGCGACAGCCCCUUCCAUGGCUACAAGUGCCUGCGCGAGGGGACAUUCCCUGUGCUGCUUUUCUGUGGGAUCCUGGGAGCCAUCACCCUGUCCCUGUCCCUCCUGCUGUGGGGCACCCAGCGCCGGAAAGCCAAGACGCCCUGAGCGGGGAGGGGGUGCCUGCGCCAGCGCCUCUGCUGAGGCCAGGGUCGGGGGGCUCUGGGUGCUGGGGGGUCUGUGUCCCGAGGGGCUCUGUGCCCUGGGGUCUGGCUUGCCAUGUGUGGGCUGGGGCUGAAU